AUGUACAAUGAUGAGAGGCCCAUUGCUGAACCUAUACUGGUUUGUAGGUCAUGUCAUGGGACAGCUGAAUGCAACAGAGAAGGCAAGCCUGAGGAUCUAAUCUCUUGCGCCGAGUGUGGCAACAGUGCUCACCCGUCAUGUCUUAAGUAUUCAUCAGCUCUGACAGAGCGUAUUAGACUCAGUCGAUGGCAGUGUGCCGAAUGUAAAACAUGUGCAAUCUGCAGUCAUGGCACCAAGGAAUUACUUGUGUGCGAUGCCUGCAAUCAAGGGUACCACGCCAGUUGUCUGAAGCCGCCCUUGAAACGCAUCCCCAAAGGUUGUUGGCGCUGUAAGCCAUGCAGGACGGGCAAGGUGCCCGGGAUGGGGCGCAGAGGUCCUGGCAGGCCAGGCAACAACAGGCUGUUCCGGGGCAAGCAGUACCAGGCCAAACUCAACAAGGCCAACAAACUCAAGAUGAGGGCUAUGAAGAAUGGCUCAACAUCAUCGUUUGCCACCAAGAAGCUGGCUGCUUCAAGGAAAGGUCAACGAGGUCCGAGGAAACAACAAGGGAAACAGGAGAUUCAGGGUUCAUCAGAUGGCACCGGUACGGCCACCAUCACUACCACCAACACCACCAACACCAACACAACCACAACAUCAUCAACAACAAAUCACCAUCCCCACACACACCACACGCGGGAGGGCGAUCUGCCCUCCCUAUCCUCAAGAGAUAGAACUCCAAGUGAGACGGACCUGCUCUCGCUAGAGAGAGGGAUCGUCUCACCGGCCUUGACAGGCAUACCCCCCGCAGACAUUUACGAUAGGCUCAAGCCAAAAGGGCUUAUCGAUGGCCUCAGUAGGUUUUUCACCCCGACCAACCGUCGGAAAUCGCGCAGCUCGUCACAGUCGUCGGCAUUCUAUGCCAUCCGGCCAUUCCGACCGAAGGUGAAGCACAAGAGCGAAAGCGACAGGGACGCCGUGUUUUCAGCAGCCGUGAAAUCGCGAAGUGAUUUGUUGAACAAGGAGAAGGAGAAAAAAGAUAAUGAGGGAGAUAAGGUGGGGGAUGCCCCAGUUAUUGAGGUGAAGGUAGAGAAGGACGACAAAGUUGUAAGGACCGCAAAAGAUGAUGUUAAACACACCAAAGAUGCCAAAGAGUCACCUCCGUCGUUGUCGCCGUCUUUGAAAAAGUUGGCUACUCAAGCGUCUGAGGACACCAGGUCACAUUCAAACUCCUCCUCACCGCACUCGCAGAUGAUGAGAACGGGUAACAUGCAGUUGAAAGGUUUGUUUGAUGGGCUAUCGCACUUGUAUGUUGCGCCUGCAUCACCCCGGAAACGCGGCUUACCACCGGUGUAUGCCGCGCCCAAGAGGGUCCGUAAGAUGCAUUUGGAUAUGUUUGGCAAUGAUGAUGAUAUGUUCAAAGUUCCGGCUGCGGAGGAGAGUCCUGCUUUGUCCAAGGCCUCUGAAUCGCCCUCUGUAUCGCCCUCUGUCUCCCCAUCCCCACCUCUUUCAACGGACACCACCCCUGUGAAGGGACAACUCACACCAAAGAAUAGGAAGUUGAAAAAAAUGAAAGGAGGCUUAACAGCCAGUGCUUCGAAGAUUGUGAAAAAGGCUCGGGCGAUGGGAUCGAAGAAAGAAAAGAAAGGAGUGGCACUUUCGAAAAGAUGGGCGGCCAUGAAGAACAAGAAGCCUGGAAAGCUCAAGAAAGAGUUGUUGCAAGAUCCCGUCAGUACGGAAGUUAACACGGAAGCCAGUCCGGAAGUUCCCGCAAUGCCCAAGCUGGGAAAGGGUGUCAAAACAAAGAAGGUCGUCAAAUCCGGUGGUAAGAACUCUUCCUCUUUGGUGAUAGCUUGCUUGCAGUGCUUCUUAUUUAGAUCAACCUUCCUACCCUCCCUCCAUCCCUCCCUCCAUCCUUCACCUUUCAUUUCACCUUGCAUGUUUCUUCAUCACUCUCAAGAAACUCCUACCUAUGCCACCACUCUGCAGACCUUUCACCAUCCACACAGUAGAUCCUUCCACUACAAAUAGCUUGCAGUGCCUAACAAGACGACUAAUGAAACACAAUAUACUCUUUGCUUCACCAUUUCUGCAUCGCUCAAGUUAUUAAAGCAUUGAAUCAAAAUUCUUUCCAUGAUCUUUUCCUUUGAUUUUUAUAUCUUGUCUGUUUUUUUUUUUCAACCACAUCUUCCUGUCAGAAGUUUUCCCUUAGCCAUUCAAAGAAUUUUGUUAAUCCUGUUGUUGUGAUGCCGGAAGACAUUUUACAUUUGUGGUAAAACGGAGGAGGAAAAGGGCAAUCAGACAGACAUGAGUCAACAAUUUCAAGAGAAAGUCAACGACUUAAAUAGAAAACAUUGUUGAAACCAUCAACAUGAUCAUCACUUCAUUGUAUGUGAAUGUCAUUAAUUAGCUUAUUAAAAACCGUAUUGAAAUGAUCAAGAUGAUCAUCACUUUUGCUGUAUAUUUGAUGGGCCACCCUCUCUUCAUAUCAUUUUGUCAAUUACUCGAACCAUCACUUUGACAACGGUCUUUUCUAAUCAAUUAGUAACAUUUUAUUAUCAUAUCACUUGGAUAUGGUCUCGUGCAUGCUUUUUUUUUUUAACUCGGCACCCCAAAAUUUACACAUGGGAUUAAAUAUUGCUUUGGUGCUUGUAUGCUGUGGUUUACUACAUGUUCAUCCUGAUUCAAGAAUCAGUAUUUAGAGCAGUAUCACUCAUACAUUAUCUGCUGGUUGUGGCCCAUGGAGCAUCUCGUGAAAUAAAUAGUAAUUUUCACUUUCAAUUUGUUAUAAGCCACUGAAAUCCAUGUAUCUGAUUGGCUAAGAGCAAAAUAAUUAUAGUAAAUGAGAAUCACCACUAGUUCUUGAAUGAAAUGGUACUGAUUGAUUUUGAACAAUCUAACAUUAGUUGCUCAGUGCCUCAGCUAGAGAUCUUUACUGCAGCAUGAACACUUUAAUAUUUAUUGAUGGGAAAACACAUCACUAUAUCUAUCUAAUAUAUAUUGGGAGGGGUUCAUAGAGUGUAACAAAUAAUCUCUUUUUAUUUUCAUCUCGGGAGUGUUACAUUAAAAAAAAAGUGAUUUUCACCAAAUAUUUGUUAUAAGCUACUGAAAUCCUUGUUUCUGAUUGGCUUAGAACAGAAUAGCCAGCCAAAAUGACCAUUUGUUUCUUCAAUGAAGCUGCAGAUAGAAACAAAUAUUUGCUGCAGCAUGCACGCUGGUAUUUUUUGAUGGAUGCUGUACCAAAUAUUUUUUUUAUGGAAAGGGGGGGGGGGGGGGCGGGUUGUAGUGGGAAACAUAGAAGCUUUUUUUCUCCAUCUGAUCAUGAACUGCCGGAGAGAACAUUUGCUCUCAUCUUGGAUUGCUUGGUAUCUAUUUCAACUGAAGAUUGAUGAUGGAUAAUAUUUGAUAGCUGAAUGGAUUUAGAAUAGAGCGAGAUAGGAGAAAAAAUAUGGAGAGAGAGAGAGGGAAUAUUUAUUGCCAGAGAAAAGUUGCUCAUGAAGAUCAGUGUAUUAUGAAGGUAUGCUAUUUCAGACGUGCAGAGAUGCCACAUUUUCAAAAGUUUUCAUCAUUUAAGUAAAAAAAAAAUAUCUUCAUAAGAAUAGGUGUUGCAGUUGUCCAAGAAUACCACUAAUUAAUUUGACAUUGUUAGGUUUGGUAGAUUGCAUGAGUGUUAAUUUGGUGGCCUUUUGGCUAGUUAAACGUUAUUAAACAAAAUAUCCAGCUUUAAUUCGGGUUCCUCCUCCAGAUUCAUGCCAUAUAAAUUAGUUUAAUUCUCGAGGGUUCGUUUUCACAUCCUACUGCCUAAAUCUUCAACAAAAAAUAAGCUUUAAAGGGGAAGUUCACCCUGACAAAAAGUUUAUUGUAAAAAUAGCAGAAAAAAUAAUAAAAAAUAUUGCCGAAGGUUUGAGAACAAUCCAUGAAAGCAUUAAAAAGCUAUAAGAAUUUUAAUUUAUUUGAUUUGUGACGUCACAUGCGAGCAGCAUUCCUACAUACUACAUGUACAUAGCGAAUGGUAAUCAAUCAAUGAAAUGUCAUUUUCUCAGAAAAUUGCAAAUGGUUUAUUAAUGUACCUUUUGUAUAUCUAUCUACAAAUCAUUUCACACCA